AUGGAUCCUUUUCUAAGGGGAGAGUGGUCUCCUUUUAUAGGUGAGGGGGAGCCUUCGCUUCUUAGUUUCGAUGUGGGACUCUGGGCGUCAGUUGUGAGGCUGCCACGCGUCAGAGGGGGCGAGGUUGCCCUAAUGUUGCGAUUGGUAGGAGUCCCCCAAGUCCCCUUGCGAGAGUCCUCGGAAGGGGAUUUGAAGUCGUUUUCGGGAGGAAACACGGCCUUACCGUUCGGUAACCCCGCCUGGGGAAGGGGCCAAACUUUGUUCCUUCCGGCAUCAUCAGUUCAGAGGCCGACGUUGGCGAAGUCAGAAGGUCGCGUCGAGCUGACGGGUGAAGGGACAUCUGAGCGCUUCGACUUCCGCGCCUCGCGUGCCGUCUGCUACCUAUAG